AUACAUAUUUAUAAUCAGGUAUUUAACUUUUUUAUUGCUCUUUUUCCUACAACAUUGAAUGCAACAUAUCACGUGACAGCAGCUGACAGCUCGCAGCAGGAAAUCCAACAUGGCGGUGUGCAUAGCAGUGAUCGCAAAAGAGAACUACCCGCUGUAUAUCCGCAGUUUGCCCACUCAGAACGAGCUGAAGUUUCACUACACGGUACACACCUCUCUGGACGUGGUUGAGGAGAAGAUCUCAGCAGUGGGAAAAUCUCUGGGAGACCAGAGAGAGCUGUACCUGGGUCUACUCUACCCGACUGAAGACUAUAAAGUAUAUGGGUAUGUGACCAACUCCAAGGUGAAAUUCGUAAUUGUCGUGGACUCAUCAAAUACAUCAUUGCGGGACAAUGAAAUAAGAAGUAUGUUCAGAAAAUUGCACAACUCUUUUACCGAUGUAAUGUGCAACCCAUUCCACAACCCUGGGGAUCCCAUUCAGUCCAAGGCCUUUGAUGGGAUCGUCUCUGGAAUGAUGGUACAAACUGGCUGACGCCCCAUCGUUUGAGUUUCUCUUGUAUAUACCACCUUUUGUUUACACGUUGCUUUGGUUUUUGAAAUGCAUUAAUUGUAAUUAAACUUAAUCGAUGUUGAUCACAA